AGUCUCGGACUUAGACAGACACAGAAGGACGUCCUGCAGGAGAGGCUAGGAGGCAGAAAGUCCUGAGAAAGAAGACCAUGGCCAAGGAGUGGGGCUACGCCAGCCACAAUGGACCUGAUCAUUGGCAUGAAAUUUACCCAAUUGCUAAGGGUGACAACCAAUCACCUAUUGAACUGCAUACUAAAGACAUCAAGUAUGAUCCCUCUCUGCAGCCUUGGUCUGCCUCUUAUGACCCAGGUUCUGCAAAGACCAUUUUGAACAAUGGAAAAACCUGCAGAGUUGUGUUUGAUGACACCUAUGAUAGAUCAAUGCUGAGAGGGGGACCACUCUCUGCACCCUAUCGAUUGCGCCAAUUUCACCUUCAUUGGGGAUCAUCUGAUGAUCAUGGCUCAGAGCAUACUGUGGAUGGAGUGAAAUAUGCUGCUGAGCUUCACAUGGUUCACUGGAAUCCCAAAUAUGGCACUUUUGGAGAAGCUUUGAAACAACCUGAUGGAAUUGCUGUUGUGGGCAUUUUUCUGAAGAUAGGACGGGAGAAAGGGGAAUUUCAGCUAUUGCUUGAUGCACUGGACAAAAUUAAGACUAAGGGCAAAGAUGCUCCUUUCACACACUUCGACCCAUCCUGUCUUUUCCCUGCUUGUCGGGAUUAUUGGACUUACCAUGGCUCCUUCACCACUCCACCUUGUGAGGAGUGCAUCGUCUGGCUUCUUCUGAAGGAACCAAUAACUGUGAGCUCUGACCAGAUGGCCAAGUUGCGAAGUCUUUUCUUCAGUGCUGAGAAUGAGCCUCCUGUGCCCAUGGUGGAUAACUGGCGCCCUCCUCAGCCUCAAAAGGGCAGAAUUGUGAGAGCCUCCUUCAAGUAGGGCCAUCUUUGAAAUGGUUGGAAAGCAAGGGAAUCAAUCCCAUAAUCAAUGCUUAGUUAUGUGCGCACCUUGUAUUACUGCUCUACAUUCAAAGCAGAUUUUCUUUUUCCAAGUGUAAAACUGAGCAAAGAAAUGUCAUAAAUCAUUGAUUGUCACCAUCUAAGAGAACAAUGUUAAAACUUUCAGUCUCUAACCUUAAAAUGACAAAAAAGUGAAGUUCAUGUUUGAUUUUGUAACAAUUGUCUUUAACAAUAAUGAAAAGUAACACAUCUAGAAAUGUUUUAAAGAAGAGGAGAAAGAAAAGGAAGAGAGAAGUUGUAACUGAUGGUUGGUUAAAUAUGUUUUUACCAGCCUUUAACUUUGUUUUCAGUUUUACUGUUUUCAUACUAUGAGUUUUCAGUCUUCACAGAAGUAAUGAGUAAUCCACCAUGUAAGAAUAGCAGCAUGUGGAGAGCAAAUCAUCAUAAAAUGCCAGAAUUAAAUUAAAUUGUUACAAAUUGUAACAAUGUUUUGAAGUUUUAAAUGAAAUAAAAAAGAAACACAUAAAUCAGAAGAAGAAAAAAUAACAGCUAUUCUAAUUGGCAUUAGCUUAAUCAUCAAAGUUAACUAUCCAAAGAAAUGGUUUAAUUCCAGAAUUAUUUGCAUUGGUGUUUCUUCUUCAUAAUGGUGAAUGAUUUUUUAUAUAGACUUUCUGGCCCAGCAUGAGGGCCAUGGAGCUUUACUCCUUUUCCUACCUGUAUCUUUGCAUGCUUAUACACAGCUGACUAUAAUAGACUUCUGGAUUCUGUUGGCCUCUUUGAUCUGAUUGCACCAUACAGGAUUGUAUGAUUGUGCCACUGAGUGCCAACCCAAAUAAAGACUCGUAUUGAAAA